UUGUAUACUUUUUUUGUUUAAUAUUAUGUGCGCACGAAGAUAACGCAACGUUGUAGCGCGACAGAAUUUGUCAGGUGAGGAAAUGGAGGCAUGGAAGAGUGUUUUAUAUGCACCAGACAAUAUGAAUAGUCUCCGCUGUCAAUCUUCAACUUCUUCUUCUUCACCUGGUUCCUCUAUGCGGAUGGUUUACCCAGACAUGAGUUGUCUUUCUAUUGCUCCAAACUACGGCACUGUUUUUUACUCACAGGAAAGCCACAGCUCUGAUGUUGUGGAGGGUAAGGGCUUUGACUGCAGUGAUGGGUUUGGAGAUGAUACUAAUGCCACCAUUAACCUCAAUGCCGGCAAGGAAUCAGACAGUGGGCAGUCAAAGCUUUGUGCCAGAGGUCACUGGAGGCCUGCAGAAGAUACUAAGCUCAAGGAACUUGUUGCUCUUUGUGGUCCUCAGAACUGGAACCUUAUAGCUGAGAAGUUGGAAGGAAGAUCAGGUAAGAGCUGCAGGCUGAGAUGGUUUAAUCAGUUGGACCCUAGGAUCAACAGAAGAGCUUUUAGUGAAGAAGAAGAGGAGAGGCUAAUGCAAGCUCAUAGACUUUACGGUAACAAAUGGGCAAUGAUAGCUAGGCUGUUCCCUGGAAGAACUGAUAAUGCAGUGAAGAACCAUUGGCAUGUGAUAAUGGCCAGGAAGUAUAGAGAACAAUCGAGUGCCUACAGGAGGCGGAGGCUGAGUCAAUCUGUUUAUAGGAAGAUUGAACAAACUCUAGGCUUUGUCUGCAGAGAUGCAGCAACAAAAGCAGAACCACCCCAACACUGUCUCAAUAUGCCCAAUAGAGGACCAGACAUUAUCUCCCAGUAUCAGUUUGGAACCUUCAAAGGUGCUGUUGGUGCAUGUGGGGUUGAUGGUGACUCAAAUGUUUCACCCCACAUGACCAGUGGGAGAGAAGCAAUCUUAAGCAUGAAGGUCCCUCAUCAUAAUGGGUUUUGUUCACAACACAAACCUUUUGAUUUCUUCCCUGAUGUUAAGAGCAAUGGCAUGUUGAGCCAGACCAGAUUUUGGGAAAGGCCCAUUGAUGAGCCCCAAAUAUACAGGAAUUCAAUGCAACAGUCCCAAAGCAUCACAGAUUCCAGAGCAUCAAUAACACCUCAAGUUUCAGCCACUGAACCUUCAUCAUCAGUGGCAGCGAGCAGCAACCACUGCCCCUAUGAGACCGUUCCACCACCUUUCAUUGACUUUCUUGGAGUAGGAGCCAUAUGAAGUCACG